UCUAACCUAUUUAACUAGCUCUUCUCUUGCUUCCUUCUCCUUCAACAUACCUUCUUCAUCACCAUUUCCAUUUUUAUUCAUUCUCUUUUCACUUUUCUCAUUUCUACUGUCAUUUCAUUUUAUAUCUAUCUUCUCUUUUGUUUUCCAUUUUGAUUUUUUCAGCUAUGACCACCAUUUGUUUUGAUCAACAUCAAGACAAACUUUAUCAUCAUCUUCUUUCCCCCAAAAGUCCCACCAAACCCUUCAAGGAUAUUGAGGUUCCUCCUAGGAAAUUUCUUCUAAACAGCAAGAAACUGUUACACCAUAAUCAUCAUCCAGAAAUCAAUAAUAUGUUUUUCCCUGAGGAAUUUACCAGUCUUCACAAGUUCUUGCCUUUCAACAAUACUGAUGCUGAUUCUGACGCUGACUCUGAUUCCGAUCCUUAUGCCUCCGAUCAUUUUCGCAUGUACGAAUUCAAGAUCCGUCACUGUACUCGUAGCCGUAGCCAUGACUGGACUGACUGUCCUUUUGCUCAUCCUGGCGAGAAGGCUCGUCGCCGUGAUCCUCGAAGGUUUCAUUACUCUGGAACUGUUUGUUCUGAGUUCCGUAGGGCAGGUGGGUGUAGCCGUGGAGAUGAUUGCGAGUUUGCUCACGGAGUCUUUGAGUGCUGGCUCCAUCCUUCACGAUAUAGAACCGAAGCUUGCAAAGACGGCAAGAAUUGUAAACGAAAGGUGUGUUUUUUCGCUCACUCUACUCGUCAGCUUCGCAUUUUGCCGGAGAUUUCAUCACCUCCAAAGUAUAGUCACCCUCUCUCCGGCAAUUCUCCAUUGAAUAAUCAUUGUUGCAUGUUUUGCCAUCAUUCUGUAAAUUCCUCUCCAACUAGUACUUUGUUGGGUAUGUCUCAUUUGUCACGGUCACCGUCUCUUUCACCGCCAUUGUCGCCGGUGAAUCAAGGAUUCUCACCCAUUUCUCGGUACAUCGAGCGUUUGACAAAGUUCAGUAGUACAGCCGAUGCGGCCAUGAGUUACAAAGAUGUGCUUACUGAGCUGAUGAUUUCUUUCGAUGCAGUGAAUUUCAAUGAAGUUUCUUCUCCUUUGUCUGUCCCAAGUGGUAAUAGCAUGAACAGUAAUGGUCCUUGGAUUGAUGCAAAUUCUUUUAACAUUGAAGAUCAGCAACAGUUUAUUCUUUCUCCUUCAACUCCAAACCCAUCAGGAUCACUCAAUCCUUUUGGUGGGGAUUGUUCAACCAAACAUUUGCUUGAUGAUCAGCAGAUCAAUGACAUUAAUGGUGGGCAACUGGGUUGUCCGGAUCCUGAUCUGGGUUGGGUGAAUGAGCUCUUGAUGUAGAUGAAGAAGAUGUUUCAUGCAUGCCUGCACCAGCCGUAUAUACAUAUAUAUAUGUGAUUUGGUGUAUAGUAUCAUUGUUCUUUAUUGUUUUGCCUGUGCUUAAUUUCCUUGUUGAUGUCUUCUUAUUUUUCCAAGUAUUUUUGUUGUUUAAAGCUCUCCAAGGUCUGCAGUGGAGCAAAAUUUGAUAUCUUUGUUUCAUAUACCGACUGUUUUUUAGCAUUUUGUUGUCAUCUCUCUGUUAAGUGGUGAGAGAUCUGAUCUUUGUUUCAAUGUACUAACUUGAACUGUAAGCAAGGUGUGAUAAUGAAGAAUCUUUCUCUUUCUUAA